CCCCCCAACUCUUUCCUCGCCCGCCUUCUCUUUCAAGAGGGUGGGGCACCGCCACCUUCCUUUUUGGCUUACCUGGCUUGCUGCAUACGCGCCAUAAUGGCGAUAUAGUCGCAUUUCACUGCGCGGACACCGACUUCACAUUUCAGCAAUGAGCCAAGCACCCCGUUCAAACCGGGGCCACAGGGAGAGAAACGGGGAUCACCGGCAGCCCCGUGGACAACGCGAUGCCGACCGCUCAUCAGCUGACAGGUCGCCAUCCCGACAGCCGUACUACGACCGGGAUCUCGACCGCCAUCCCAAACAUGCGCGGGACCGGGACGUCGCGCGUGUCCAACGUAACGACUCCAAAUGCACACACAUGUGCUCCAGGAGAGGAAUCGUUCUGAUCUGUUCUGUGCUGACCAACGCCUUGGUGCUGAUCUGUGUGGUCGCCGCUCAGAUGGUGACAUCGGGCUUAUCUUCCAUGGGCGGGCUCGGCGGCUUCGACAUCAACUCCAACUUCAACCUGCAGGGCACGGAGCUGCAGAAGGUGCGCGAACUGGACAUGCAGUACAGCCAGAUGAGAGCGCCGGGCAUCUACGGCGGCAUCGCCUUCAGCCUGACAAUGGGCGUGGUCUCGCUGCUCUUUGUGGUCGCAGGCAACAAGCCCCCGCACCAUUUGUCUCGUAAACUUCUGUACGGGGCGCUGGUGUUUCAGGCCGUGGGAGCCGUCGCCUACGUGGCGGCCGUCGGUCUCUACCUGCACUUUGUGAUCGGGGUCAACGCCACGGACAUUUGCGCUCAGCGCGAGCGGCUGUACGCGCGCAACGGGUACACCUGGAUGAACUGCGAGGUCAGCGGGGCGGAUGCGGCCGUGGCUUUGUUUGGACUCAUCACCGCCAUCCUGUACACCGCCGGCGCCGUGCUCACCGUCCAAACCAUCCGCAGGGUGAAGCAGUACUUGCAGGAGCGUAAACGGCGCGAGCUGGAGCGAGAGCAAGCCAGAGCUCAUCCGCAGAGAGCCCCGCUCAGGGCUGAAACCACCUCUGUGUGACUGAGACCUUUUGGAUUUUGCGACAGACUCCUACUUCGGUCCAAU